AUGGCUGCUGUAUAUGACUUUGUCGUUAUUGGCGGCGGUACGGCUGGCCUAGUGGUUGCUUCUCGACUCAGCGAGGACCCCAGCACCUCUGUGCUGGUUCUCGAAGCAGGCGCCGACUUGACAGCAGAUCCCCGCGUGAACAUUCCCAUCUUUUAUGCCGCACUACUUGGAUCUGACGCCGAUUGGAAAUUCCACUCUUCCCCUCAGCCGGGCCUCAAUGGCAGGGUGCUUGGUCUCAACCAGGGCAAGGCUCUCGGAGGAUCCAGUUCAUUAAAUGCACACGUCUUUGUUCCUCCUUUUAAGGGUGUUGUUGACUCAUGGGAGGCACUCGGUAACCCCGGAUGGAAUUGGUCCAUGUUAAAGGACUAUUUCUUAAAGACCUACAGCAGUCCGACUGUAGCACAGGAUGCCAAAGAAGGUCUGGCAAUUGAUGACUGGCCUGAAUUGAACGAAGCGAAAGGUCCGAUCCAAACAUCUUUUGGCAACAAGACGCACCCUAUUCGCAAGGCAUGGGCCGAACUGUUCCGCAGCAGAGGGCAAUACAACGCCGGGGAUCCGUUCAUCUACAGCUCUGUAGGCUCAUUCAGUUGCCUUGCUAGCAUCGACUCGGAGGGCAAGAGAAGCAACUCCGCCUCGGCCUACUAUAAGCCUGUUGAGCUUCGACAAAAUCUUCACGUUCUUACGAACUCAUUUGUCGAGAGAGUCCUGUUUGACGAAAGCAAGCCUCCCAGAUCUAUUGGAGUCCAAUACAGUCUCGAUAGUGCCUCAAAGACUGUUCAGGCAAGGAGCGAAGUUAUACUUGCUGCUGGCGCUUUUCAAUCUCCCAAAAUCCUCCAACUUUCUGGAGUUGGUGGAGCAGAACUUCUUGAGAAGCAUGGCAUCGGUAUAGUCAUGAACCUUCCUGGAGUUGGGCAGAAUCUUCAGGAUCAUAUGAUAUCGUACACCGCAUUUCAAGCAAAGGCUGAACUUGAGACUAAGGACUCUCUGGUCAGACAAGAGCCUGAAGCCCUCGGUCAGGCAAUGCAGGAAUACACUGCCACGCAGUCUGGGCCCCUAGCUUCACUCGGGGUUCAUACCUACGCCUAUUUGCCUCUUCCUUCACCGGACAGAAGUGCUCUCCAGACAUUAUUUACAAACCACGCCCCCGAAAACUCACAAGAGCACAGGGCGACACGAGCCUAUUACGACAUCGCGAAGACCACGGUUCUUGAUUCCAAGCAACCAUCAGCUGCGUACCUGUCCGCCUUAGGGCAGACAAAUUAUGCCAAAGACCUCAAUGAUGAGACUAUCCCAACUGCUUCGCCUGGAAAGUUCGUCACGCUUGGAGUAAUGCUCUCUCAACCGCUUUCCCGCGGAAGCGUUCAUAUUACCUCCAUCAAUCCUGAAACCCCUCCAAUCAUUGAUCCUGGUUACCUGUCGAAUCCUCUCGAUCUGGAAGUCAUAGCACGGCACUUACUCGUUAUCAAUAACUUAGCAGAGUCACCUCAGCUUGGGGAGCUGCUCGAACAGCCACUGAAGUUCCGUGACCCAGCUGCAGACUUCCAGGGAGACUUAGAUGCUGCAAAGAAGUAUGUUCGGGAGAAUUUAGUCUCCAUGUGGCACUUUGCGGGGACCUGUUCCAUGCUGCCUCGCGAGAGAGACGGAGUGGUGGAUUCCAAUUUAAGGGUCUAUGGUAUCGAAGGACUGAGGGUUGUGGAUGCGAGUGCUAUCCCGCUUGUAAGCACGGCGAAUCUGCAAGCCACUGUAUACGCAUUCGCGGAAAGAGCAGCGGACCUCAUCAAGCAGGACUGGAAGAGCGAGUAA